AUGGAGCAAGGAAUGCCAAGAAGCUUACCAGCAAGUGCAACGACUGAUUGCCAAGCUACCUACAAUGAAGGCACCCAUUUUGGGACUUCCACUCAAGCUUUAUUUGGUGGCAACAAACACUGCGGUCGAGCUUUGCUUGCCCAGGAUGGGCAUGAUGGGGAGAACCCCAUUUAUUAUGUGAGUAGGCAAUUAAGAGGAGCUGAGACAAGGUACGCAAAAACGGAACUCUUAUGCCUUGCCCUUGUCUAUGCUGGGCAACGAUUGCGACAUUAUUUUCUUGCUCACAAGUUGCAGCUCAUAAGGAAAUCUGAUCCUGUGACGUAUUUACUCACAAGACCAGUGUUGUCGGGACGCCUUGCACGUUGGUUACUACAACUUUCUGAGUUUCAGAUUGUAUGUGUGACCCCAAAAGCUAUCAAAGGUCAAGCUGUGAUCGACAUGUUAGCCCUAUUCCCGGAGGCAGACGGAUCUGCCCUGUCCAAGGAGGUGUUGGGAGAGCUGCCAGAAGUUGUUGCUACUGCUACAGAAGAGGAACCAUGGACACUCUAUUUUGACGGUUCCUGUACAACCAGUGGUGGAGGGGCAGGCGUAGUACUUAUUAAUCCUGAAGGGCAAGCUACAGCUCUCUCAUUCAAACUGGAUUUUCCAUGCACAAAUAAUGUGACGGAGUAUGAAGCUUUUGUUAUGGGGUUGUCUACAGCGAAAGAAAUGGGUGUAGAAAGAAUCACAAUCAUUGGUGAUUCAAAUCUAGUGUUAAGUCAGUUGCACGGAAGCUUUGCCGUGAAGGAAGCAACCUUGGCACCAUAUCGUACAGCUGCUAAAAGGCUCAUUAAUUCUUUCAAGCAAAUCGUGAUGGAGCACAUUCCGGGAGUCACCAAUAGGUAUGCUGAUGCUUUGGCUACAUUGGGGUCAAAGCUCUUGUUUGUCCAAGAACAGCCCAAUGUCACUGGGAUAAGGAGGAUACACCAGUGGUCGAAGCAAUGA